AUGGCUACCACCAUUUCCACUUUGUGGACCAUCGACACCUUCCCACGGAUUCUGGGCUACCUCGAGAACCCUGCAAAUGAAACUAUUCAAGUGCAGAACUUCAUCGAAAACCAGUUCCUUGCUUCCGCGCACACUGCGCAAUGGAUUGACUCGUUUGACCCUCGCUCGGGCCAACACCUGGCGAGUGUGCCCCGCAGUGCUGCCAACGUCGUUGAAUACGCCGUCAAUAUCGCAUCUCGGGCUUUCCCAGGAUGGUCUCAGACCACACCUCAGUACCGGUCCGAAAUCCUCUUCCGAAUUGCGUCCAUUAUGGAGCAGAAGAGAGACAUGUUUGCUUUGUGGGAAAGCACUGACGUAGGCAAGCCUGUCUUUCGGGCUCAGGCCGAAGUUGAUCGUUCUGUUGAAGUCUUCCGCUACUUCGCCAACUAUAUUCUUCAGGACGACAAUGGGGUGCAUCUCAACAACCUCAUAGGAUCGACUACUAUGACCUACGAGCACCGAGCACCAGUGGGUGUUUUCGCCAUUAUCACUUCCUGCAACAUGCCGCUGUUCCUUUUGAGCUCGAAGAUUGCCCCCUGCCUUGCCUUCGGUUGCACAGGUGUGGCCAAGCCCAGCGAGUUUUCUAGCAUCACUGCCUUUUUGUUCAGCGAAGUCCUCCGACGUGCCAACCUACCACCUGGCGUUAUGAACAUCAUUUUCGGCGAUGGGCUCAACACCGCUCGCCGCUUGUCCGGGGGGGUCUCGUUCACUGGGGGUGUCGAGGCAAGCAUUCAGAUUCGACGCAACACUGUUCCCGACAUUCACAAGCUCCUGUUUCUCGAGGUCAAAGGCAGUUGCCCUACUAUUAUCUUUGCUGAUUUCAAUAUGGAAGAAGCGGCUGCUCUCGCAGCUUUCGCGGCAUUUGAGAACAGUGGACAACUCUGUCUCAGCGGUUCUCGUAUCUACGUCCACAGAUCGGCUUACGAGAAGUUACUGCCACUGCUCAUCAAAUGCGUCGAAACUGAUUACGCCAUGGGGGGCAAGGGAAUUGGCCCAGUUAUUUCGGCGGAGCAUUAUGCCAAGAUCAGAUCUUACCUCGUGGAGGCUGAACAACCUGCGAACGCCACGUUCGAGACGGGCGACAUUCCCCGUCAAGUUCCGAAGAAUGGUUUCUGGAUCCCUCCAACUAUCCUGAGCAACGUUCGUAUCGAUCAUCUUAUGGGACGGGAGGUCUUCGGACCUGUCGCGACUGUUCAUCCAUUUGAUACCGAGGAUGAGGUCGUCCGACUGUGCAAUGCCAACCCUAACGGAAGAGGUGCUCUUAUCUUGACCGAUGACCUGGCCCGCAUGAGCCGGGUCGGCAAGCAUCUUGACGCAAGUCUUGUGUGGGCGGGUUGCUGGAUGGGCCGUGAGCUUGGGGCCGGUCUCACUGAUUUGAGGGCUAUUGGCACUGGUCGGGAAGGAGGUACACGCGCUCGCGAUAUGUUCACACGUUUCCGCGCAGUGCAUGUUCCUUCUUACUAA